GCUCAAGUCGUCUUGCUUGUGUGGGCCAAAUAGACAUGGCACUGUCUCUCCUACAUAAACCUGGCUAUCACACAACAUCAAAAAGAGACGGAGGUCUCAGAUACCAUCAUUCAGACGACAGUCUUUAGGGUCUCCACACGAGAAGGUGUAAAAAUGAUUGAGGGGCCAACAAGGAGAAGGUCCAUGUGUAAAUGUUCCUGAGCAUCUUUUAAAGUUGCUGUCUGAGUCACACAUGCUUUUAUAGUGAAGCAUGGCUUGUGACGCAGUCCGUCGCUCAGACUCAUAUCUCCAUUCACUCUAAGAUGUGUCAUGCAGGAGAUGAAAACUAAUGGACUGGUUAAAGAAGACUGUGGAUCAUUUACUGGUUUUCUUUUUGUAGUUCUUACCCAAGGCGGCGAGAAACUGUUUCAAUCCACGAGUAAUGAAUAGAAAGAAUGAAAGGAAACCGGGCUCCUGUGUGAUUUUUCAAGUAUUGUUGAAGGUGUUGAGGGGAUAGCGUUACGGACUGGAUCACUGCAUGAGCGUGCCGGCAAGAUGAGUGUGCCGGCAAACUGUGGAUUCUCUUUCUCAGCUGAUCGGGCACUUAACCCACGGAUCUGGAGUUUGUGUGGAUCCCCAUGUGCUGUCAACAGACCCAUUGACAUUGUGCAAAAACGCAGGCGUUUUGAUGUUGAGAAUGGGUUGUCAGUGGGCCGCAGUCCUCUGGAUUCUCAGGCCAGUCCAGGCUCUGGCCUCGUGCGGCCGGCCAAUUUUCCCCACAGUCAAAGACGGGAAUCCUUCCUGUAUCGCUCCGAUUCUGACUUUGACCUAUCACCCAAGGGAAUGUCCCGAAACUCAUCCACCGCUAGUGAGCUACAUGGAGAAGACAUGAUAGUUACACCAUUCGCACAGGUCCUUGCCAGCUUGAGGACUGUGCGAACCAACUUUGCGGUUUUGACGCAUCAACAGGACCGUGUGCCGAGCAAGAGGUCUUCUGGAAACAACCCACCAUCCAUGUGCAAAACAAGCCUACCAGAGGAGCCGCUGCAGAAGUUGGCAGUGGAAACGCUGGACGAGUUGGACUGGUGUCUCGAGCAACUCGAGACACUGAAGACACGUCACUCAGUCAGUGAGAUGGCGUCCAACAAGUUUAAAAGGAUGCUGAAUCGAGAGCUAACACAACUGUCAGAAACAAGCAAGUCAGGAAAUCAGGUCUCUGAGUUUAUCUCCAGCACUUUUUUGGAGAAGCAACAUGAUAUGGAAAUCAUGUCUCCUUCAACCAAGGAGAAGGAGAAGAAGAAGCGUCCCAUGUCCCAGAUAAGUGGAGUUAAGAAGCCCACACACAGCUCCAGCGUGGCAGCUUCCAGCAUCCCACGCUUUGGCGUCAACACUGACAAGGAAGAUCAGCUGGCCAAGGAAUUAGAGGAGAUCGACAGAUGGGGUGUGGAUAUGUUUAAGAUAUCGGAGUAUUCCAACAACCGACCAUUAACGGUAGCAAUGUACACAAUCUUUCAGGAAAGAGAUCUAUUAAAAUCCUUCAAAAUUCCUGUAGACACCUUCAUUAUGUACAUGAUGGCGUUGGAGGAGAACUACCAUUCAGAUGUUGCAUACCAUAAUAAAAUUCAUGCAGCUGACGUGGUCCAGUCCACCCACGUGCUCCUCUCCACUCCCGCCCUGGAGGCUGUGUUUACUGACCUUGAGAUCUUGGCUGCAUUGUUUGCUAGUGCAAUACAUGAUGUGGACCACCCAGGUGUAUCCAACCAAUUCCUCAUUAACACAAACUCAGAGUUGGCUCUCAUGUACAACGAUUCGUCAGUUCUGGAGAACCACCACCUGGCUGUUGGCUUCAAACUACUUCAGGAAGAAAACUGUGACAUCUUUCAGAACUUGACGAAGAAACAGAGACAGUCGCUACGCAAAAUGGUCAUAGACAUGGUCUUGGCCACAGAUAUGUCAAAGCAUAUGAAUCUGUUAGCAGAUCUUAAAACCAUGGUAGAGACCAAGAAGGUGACAAGUCUAGGUGUGCUACUGUUGGACAACUAUUCAGAUCGCAUACAGGUUCUUCAGAAUAUGGUGCAUUGUGCUGACCUGAGCAACCCGACGAAGCCCCUUGAGCUUUACCGCCAGUGGACCGAUCGCAUCAUGGUGGAGUUCUUUACUCAGGGGGACCGGGAGAGGGAUAAGGGUAUGGAGAUCAGUCCCAUGUGUGACAAACACAACGCUUCCAUCGAGAAAUCACAGGUGGGCUUCAUUGACUACAUCGUGCACCCGCUGUGGGAGACCUGGGCAGACUUGGUUCACCCUGAUGCCCAGGAGAUUCUCGACACAUUGGAGGACAAUCGCGAAUGGUACCAGAGCAUGAUUCUUCACAGUCCCACGUCAACCUCAGACACAAAGAGCAGUACGGCUGGGACGGGACCGGUGGGUGGAGGUAUGACCUCAGCAGGGGAAAAGUUUCAAUUUGAACUGACAUUAGAAGAAGAAGGAGAGUCUGAUGUUGAAGAAGACUUCAAUCUAGAUUCCACCUAUACAGAUCCAAAUGGCCAACAUUCGUCUCCAGCUCCCCCCACGCAGCAGGCGAACCUGAACACUUGGUCCCAUGGCUGCAGGACUCUGUCUUUAGAAAUGGGUGAGCCACCAGACAGUGAGGAUGAGGAGAGAGAGUUUGACCAGGAUGGGAAAAGCGUGUCGUGCCUGAGUCUGGGAACAUAACAAAUGCACUUUUAUUGCCUUUUUUAAUUUUAUUUCGUACCUCUUCUGCACCAGCCUCCCCAUCCCUCUUAUCCCAUCCUUAAGUUACUUGGGCGAACGGGACACAGGGCAGGAGAGCAAAGGAGUAGCAGGAACGUAUCCACAGGACAUGUUUUUAUACAGCAGUCACCUUGCACUGGAGAUAACUCCUAGUCUACAAACUCUAAAAACAUUUUUGUACCGCAAAAAACUGCCUGUGUGUUAUGGACUGAGAGGAAAUCUACUUUAAAGUGUCUUCCUGCGACAUCUGGAGUUUUAAGUAACGAACAAUUGGCCCUUUUGAGAGUUUAUAGCGGUUGUCGGAACAUAGUGACUGAUAAACAGGACACUUUUUAUGACACGUAUGUGCACUAAUGUUUUUUUUUAAAGAUACACUGUUGACUUAAAGCUGGUAUAUAUAUAUAUACCUGAACAAAAACAACCUAACCUUAACGUAACAAACAAACCUCAGGAUACAAAGAAAUGAUUACUUUCAUGUAGCAAACAGCUUGAGGGUACCCACAGUGACCACAGUCUUCCUCCGACUGCUAUAAAAAUCUUUAGACGAGAAGUCGAGCCAUGAUUGUGAUCUUUUGUAUUUGUGUAUUGCACCAUCUAGUGCUUAGUAGUGGAACUAGAGCCGCAAUUAUAGGACUUACCACUCCGACCGAAUACAGUGGCUCUGUAUUGUUAUGUACCUUUGCACAUAUUUUACUCAUUUGAUUUGACUAUUACUAUUGAAACUGUUUUAACUUAAACCCUCUCACCUUUGUUUGUAGGAAUGCUUUUUUUAUUUAUUGCAUUCACGUUGUUUACAUCCUUGUUUUUUCUAUUAUUGCAUUGUAUACUUUCAUCAUUUGAAACAGCUUGCUUCUGAUAUUAUAUGUAGCACUUUAGAAAUUACUUUUCAUUGCUCCAUCAGUAAGGGCUUUAUUAGUCAUUAUAAAUUCACCAAGGUCAGCAGGGUUACCAGCAACGUGUACUUGCCCUGUAAUUUGUGCGGUUUGGUCUAUAGAAGGCUUACAUCCACUAGUCUAGGAAAUGAGCGGUGUCCUAAAACCACACGUGUGCUUUUUUUCUGUGCUGGUCACACUGAAAAUAUGAGACUUGAGGUGUAUUAACAUUAAAUGUAUUCAAUUCUAAAAGCAAACUGAACAAAAGCUGAUGAAGUUCAUGCCUGAAGUACACGGGUUUAAACGCAUAACGCCAAAGUUCAUUUUUGUGCCAGACUAGUUUUUGGUGAUUGAUCAAUUCUCUGCUUUUCACGGGGACAUAGCCAAUGAUGGUACAAGUGCCAAGCAAGCAUGAUCCAUGCUGUACUGUAAUUUCCAUUUUGCCACUGGCUAAUUUCCAUCAAUGGCAACUACUGUCAGUAACAUACCAAUCGGAUAAUUUCUUUCUUUCAUUCUUAAAACACAUUGUCCUUAUGUCAGUU